AUGGCUCCCACCACGGCACCCGCCCUCCUCUGGGGUGGCCGCUUCACCGGUACGAUCAAUCACAUAGACCGAGUUCAUGUAUUUCUCGAGCUAACCGCAAGCUUCUCAUGGCCAGGCGCAAUCGACGAUCUGAUGUUCCAGUUCAACGAGUCGCUCUCGUUCGACAAGGUCCUCUACAAGGCCGACAUCCAGGGCUCCAUCACCUGGGCCAAGGCGCUGCGCAAGCUCGACAUCCUGUCGGACGAAGAACUUGACAAGAUCGUGUCGGGCCUGAAGCAGGUGGAGAAGGAGUGGGAGGAGGGCAAGUUCGUCAUCGACGCCAAGUCGGACGAGGACAUCCACACGGCCAACGAGCGCCGCCUCGGCGAGUUGAUCGGCUCGGCCGCGGGCAAGCUGCACACAGGCCGCUCGCGGAAUGAACAGGUCGGCGUCGACAUGCGCCUCUGGGCUGGCGAACAGCUGACCGACAUCGCUGGGGCACUGAAGGACCUCCUCUCGGUCAGCGCGUCGAGGGCAAGGGAGGCGCUGCCCAUCCUGAUGCCGGGGUACACACACUUGCAGCGCGCCCAGCCCGUGCGCUUCUCGCAUUGGCUCCUGUCGCAUGCGACGUUCCUGAAGGGCGAUCUGGAGCGCCUCCAAGGCGUGCAGGAGCGUGUCUCGGCCUGUCCGCUGGGCGUGGGCGCCCUCGCCGGCAAUCCCUUCGGCAUUGACCGCGAGUUCAUGGCCAGGGAGCUGGGCUUCCGCUCGGUGCACCCCAACAGCUUGUGCGCCGUGGCCGACAGGGACUUCGUCGUGGAGAUCCUGCAGUGGGCGAGCCUCCUGAUGGCCCACCUCAGCCGCCUCGCCGAGGACUUGAUCCUCUUCUCGACGGCCGAGUUUGGCUUCGUGCAGGUUGCUGAUGCCUACAGCACGGGCAGCAGUCUGAUGCCGCAGAAGAAGAACCCCGACAGCCUGGAGCUGAUCAGGGGCAAAGCUGGACGGGUCAUGGGACAGGCGUCCGGCUUCCUCGCUUCGCUCAAGAGCCUCCCCACCUCCUACAACAAGGACCUACAAGAAUCAGUCGAGCCGAUGAUCGACUGCAUCAAGACGGUCUCCAACUGCGUGCGCAUCACCCAGGGCGUGCUGGCCACGCUCAAGAUCAACGGCGACAAGAUGAAGGCCGCCCUGACGGACGACAUGCUCGCCACGGACGUGGCCGACUACCUCGUCCGCAAGGGCGUGCCGUUCCGGCAGACGCACCACAUUGCCGGCGCCAUCGUGCGCAGGGCCGAGGAGGCGGGCGUGUCCAUCUCGGCGCUGCCGCUCCAGGACCUGAAGGACAUCUCGCCGCUCUUCGAGGACGACGUGGCCCAGGUGUUUGAUUUCGAGAAGAGCGUCGAGCGGAGGUCCACGAUUGGCGGCACAAGCAAGAGUUCGGUACUGGCGCAGAUCGAUGCGAUCGAGGCUUAUGUGGCGAAGAAUUAG